AUGAGAGACUACGAAAGUAGAGAAGGUUUAUAUGAGGAAGAAAACACUGCAUACCAAGCUCUAUUUGUAGGCAGUGAUCCAGUUUCAUUUGGUGAUGCUGUGAAAAGUAUGAAAUGGAAAAAAACAAUGGAUGUAGAGAUAGAAGCCAUAGAGAGGAAUGAUACAUGGAAGUUGAUAGAUUUACCUGUUGAAGCAAAGAAGGUUGGGGUAAAGUGGGUUUACAAGACAAAGCUCAAUGAGAAUGGAGAAGUUGAUAAGUACAAAGCCCAAUUGACUGGAAAAGAAUGUAAGAUUUUGAUUGUAUGUCUUUAUGUGGACGAUCUUAUAUUUACGAGAAAUGAUGAAAGUAUGUUUGUUGAGUUUAAGAAAUCCAUGAUGAUUGAGUUUGAUAUGACUGAUCUUGGAAAAAUGAGAUAUUUUCUUGGCAUUGAAGUGAUGCAAAGAUCAGAUGGUAUCUUUAUUAGUCAUAGGAAAUACACACAGGAGGUGUUGGAAAGGUUCAAUAUGGACAAGUGCAAUCCAAUUCACAAUCCUAUAGUUCCUGGAUGUAAGCUUAUGAAAACUGGAGAUGGAGUGAGGAUUGACAGUAUUUUUUAUAAACAGAUUGUGGAAAAUCUUAUGUAUUUGACUGCCACUCGACCGGAUGUUAUGUUUGUGGUGAGUCAUAUCAGCAGAUUUAUGGACUGUCCUACUAAACUUUAUUUGCAAGCAGCAAAGAGGAUACUAAGGUACUUGAAAGGUAUCAUUGAUUUUGGUGUGUUUUACAAGAAGGGAGGAAAUGAGAAACUGAUUGCCUACACAGAUAGUAAUUAUGCUAGGGAUUUAGAUGAUAGAAAAAGCACUUCAGGUUAUGUGUUUAUGUUGAGCAUAGGAGCAAUGUCUUGGUCCUCAAAGAAACAACCUGUAAUCUCCUUGUCCACUACUGAAGUUGAGUUUAUUGCUGCAACUCUAUGUGUCAGUCAAGUAAUAUGGUUAAGAAGGAUAUUGGAAGGUUUCAAGCAUGCUCAACAUGAUUCUACAAUAGUCUAUUGUGAUAACAGUUCAACAAUCAAGCUUUCUAAGAAUCUAGUGAUGCAUGGUUGCAGCAAACAUAUUGAUGUUCGUUUUCAUUUCCUUCGUAAGCUCACAAAAGAUGGAAUUGUAGAGAUGGUUCACUGUCAUACCCAGGAGCAAGUUGUUGAUAUAAUGACUAAGCCUUUAAAGCUUGAUGUAUUCUUGAAAAUGUGUGGUUUGUUGGGUAUUUGUCUAGAUCCUGGAGUAAACUGA